UGGAAGACAGUGUUAUGCUGAGGGAGUCGCAGUGAGAGGGUCUCCCAUUCUGGUCGUGUUCAGUUUGGAAGCCCACCCUCUGUUUUUCUUAGGAAUUUCUUGACUUUCAGUUCGACAGCAGCCACAGAAUGCCGUCGUGGUUUGGUCUAACCCACUUUUCUUGGAGGAGGAUUCUAUACGCACUUUGCCCAUUUUCAUCAUGCUUUCGGAGUACAGGGAGUACAGACGAACCUCAGGAGAUUUCUGAUCUGAGGAUUGUUCUGCUGGGCAAGAACAGCUCAGAGAUCAGCAGAGCAGGAAACUCCAUCCUGAACAGAAAUGCAUUUGAUGCUGAAGCUCCUCCUCCUUCAAUAGAGCAGCACAGUGAGAGAGCCAGAGGAAAUGUGGAGGGAAGAUACAUCACCCUCAUCAACACUCCUCACCUGUUUGAUCCUGACCUGUCUGUGUAUCAGAUCACAGUGCGGAUUAAAGAAUGCAUGUCUCUAUGUUCUCCUGGACCUCAUGGUGUUGUGCUGGUUCUACAGCCAGACGACUUCACUGAGAAAGACAACAGCCGAAUGGAUCACAUCCUCAGCUGUCUGUCUGAGGAGGCCCAUAAAUACACCCUGGUGCUGACCACACAGAACAAAGAAACUGGAGCCAGUGCAGGUCCAGUUGAAGAGAACAUCAUACAGAAAGUCAUCACAAAAUACAGGAACAGACAUUUAGAGCUGAGUAAUUGUUGUCAUGCUUCUUUUGUUGAAAUGAUAGAAAGGAUAGUUGAAGAGAACAGAGGGAGCCUUAACUGUCAGGAGUUUGAGGAGGCUCCACUUUCUUUGGAACCGAAAAGGUCUGAGCAAAAAACAGAAGUGGAACACUAUUAUCAUAGAGAAGGCCUAAGGCAAGAAGAAGCAGAAGAACUACAAGAGUAUGACUUAACAGAACUGGAAGAACAUGAGGAGACAACACAACUGCAUUCAAAUGGAUAUGAUCAAACAGAACAGCUAUGGUUUGAAGAUGAUCUGCCUAAGCAGAAGAAAAGUAGAACUCUUUGGUCUAAACAUUUUAGUGGUCAUCCUCAGUUGGUCUUCUUAACAUUCAUCUAUUCGACUUCCCUAGUCUUGGAUCUAAACCAAGAUUGAACAUAGUCCUCCUUGGGAGUGAACACAAAGCAAAGGCUUCAAUAUCUAAACUUCUACUUGGUAAAAAGAUUUCAACACCUCACCAGAGGGUG